UCAGGGUCGUCCAGAGCAUUCCUACCUUUCUUUCCCGAGCAAUUCCUUCCAGAAGCGCUUUUUCUCUGAGCUUCCUCCUCUCCCCACUUCAGACAGUCUCUUGAAUGCUGACAACAAAAAUAACCUGCAGCCAGUACAUCGGAGGCUGUUCAAGAAAUUAAAGGAGCCCAAACGGUUCCGCCCGCUCACUCUGAGCAACUCACUCACUGAGAACUCAGCAGGCAGACUUCUUUCAUGGGAGUGUCUGUUGGGAUGGUCACAGGAUGUGCUCGGGAAGUUACUUCCGGUGUAA